AUGGGUAGAGAGAACAUAUUGCACUAUUUGCAAGAGCACAAUGAAACUGAUAAAGAACUAGAAUUGGGUACUGAUAACAACAAUGGAACCGCCACUCAACAAGCAGACGAGAUCGAGAUUCCUCAAUUCAAACGUAAAGUCACUCAACAUUCCAAUUUCCCAUUCACAUUGUCUCCAGAUUCAACCAUAACUGACUAUUUAAACAACAACAAAUUUUAUGUUGACUCAAUAAAGCACAACCAUGGUGACCAGAUAUUUGAAUUGAACGGCCAAGGACAAUCUCCACAUACGUUAUGGAUAGGAUGCAGUGAUUCAAGAGCUGGAGAACAAUGUUUGGCCACUUUACCAGGUGAGAUUUUUGUUCAUCGAAACAUUGCCAACAUUGUCAAUUCAAAUGAUUUUAGUUCCCAAGGAGUUAUUCAAUUUGCCAUUGAUGUGUUGAAAGUUAAAAAGAUUAUUGUUUGUGGACAUACUGAUUGUGGUGGUAUAUGGGCCUCAUUAUCUUCCAAAAAGAUUGGCGGUGUUUUGGACUUGUGGUUGAACCCCGUUAGACAUAUUCGUGCUCAAAACUUGAAACUACUCGAACAGUUUAAUCACGAACCUAAAUUGAAAGCGAAAAAAUUGGCAGAAUUGAAUGUUGCUGCGUCAGUAAUUGCAUUGAAAAGACAUCCUAGUGCUAGUGCUGCUUUGAGACUGGGUAAGAUUGAAGUGUGGGGGAUGAUUUACGAUGUUUCUACUGGAUACUUGUCUGAAGUUGAAAUACCUCGUGAUGAAUUCCAUGACUUGUUUCAUGUGCUGGAUGAAGAUGACAAAUCUGCUCAUAAUCCACAUUAG